AUGGCAGGCCCGGCGACCCUCAUAGCCAGCCUCGUGCUUCUGGCCCUCUGCGCCCACCACAUCAGUCCUGCAGGUUCUGUGGCCAUCCCCUCUUCCUGCUGCAUGUCCUUUAUUUCCAAGAAAGUUCCUGAGGGCCGCGUGGUAAACUACCAGCUGUCCAGCGCAAGUGUCUGCCCCAAGGCAGGGGUAAUCUUCACCACAAAGAAGGGCCAGAAGUUCUGUGGUGACCCCAAGCAGCAGUGGGUCCAGAGGUAUAAGAAGAACCUGGAUGCCAAGCGGAAAGCCUCCCCUGCAGCCAAGUCAAUAGGUGGAAAGGCCCCCAUCCAAAGACACCCAGCCAACAGCACCACCAUCUAG